UUCUGCACAAGCAGCAGAAUUGAUUGCUUUGACUAGGGCAUGCGAACUGGCUAAGGACAAGCACCUGACAGUGUACACAGAUAGCCAGUAUGUUUUCUCUACACUGUUUUAUUUUGCGAAACAAUGGGAGCGUAGAGGAAUGACAACCUCUACUGGGAGACCAAUAACACAUGCAUCUUUGCUUAAAGAUCUUUUACAAGCAAUACAACUCCCAACUAAACUAGCUGUAUGUAAAUGCGCAGCUCAUACAAAAAGCAAAGAUGAAGUUUCAAAUGGAAACAGACUAGCUGAUAAAAUCGCUAAAGAAGCUGCAGCAGGGAAGCAUGGGAAAGGUAUUUUCUCAGCACAGACUGAAGGGGAACAACAAAUGAUAGACAAAACAGUACUAAAAGACAUGCAGGACAAUGCACCACAGGCUGAGAAAAGGCUGUGAAUAACUAAAGGUGCAAAAAUGAAUGUCGGGAACAUUUUUGAGGUUAAUGACAAACCAGUGCUUCCUAAGUCUUUAUUUAAAGCAGCAGCAAUUGUGUCACAUGGGCGUUGCCAUGUGUCAACUGGGGGGAUGGAAUCCAUAAUAAAACAGCAUUUCACAACGUAUGGUUUAAAUUCUUACUUAAAAUCUUUUUGUACUGCAUGUCCAGUCUGUGUGAAAUACAAUCCUAAGGGAAACAUAAGGCCAAAAUGAGGCAGGUUCCCAAAAUCAUCUUAUCCCUUUCAAACUAUGCACAUGGAUUUUAUUGAACUUUCACAAAGUGGGCCAUAUAAAUAUUGUCUGGUGAUGAUUGAUGCUUUUUCUAAAUGGGUUGAAAUAGUUCCAGCAAAGCAUGCAGAUGCUUUGACAGUAGCUAAGGCUAUUUGUAAAACUAUCAUCCCAACACAUGGCAUCCCACAGACUGUUUAUAGUGACAAUGGACCACAUUUUGUAAACCGAGUGAUACAAAACAUGGCUACACACUUGGGAAUGACAUUAAAAAAUCACUGUGCCUAUCGGCCACAGAGUGCAGGGCUGGUGGAAAGAACAAAUGCUACUGUGAAAAGUAGAUUAAGAAAGUGCAUGGCAGACACUGGCCGAUCCUGGCCAGAAUGUUUAGACUUGGUGAAGCUCUAUAUGAGAAUCACAGCAACAGCUGAUGGUCUAACACCUUUUGAAAUAAUUCAUGGGAGAGCUUACAGAUUGCCUCUGUUUGCUCCAGACAUACAAAAAGCUGAUGAAGAACAGACAUUAGCAGAUUAUAUGAUCAGGACUCUUAAACUGAAGGAAGUGUCCAGUGCGAAUUUACUGCCUUCUGAUUCUCCUCCUAUACAGGAAGCCAUUCCACUUGAGCCAGGUGACUGGGUCUACAUAAAAGUCAUCAAACAAAAGAACUGGACGAGUCCACGGUGGGAAGGACCGUUCCAAGUGCUGAUGACCACACCAACAGCUGUAAAGAUCGCUGAAAGACCCAGCUGGAUACAUCUUAGUCACUGUAAGCGGCAGAGAGUGUUGGACCCCUAAUUCGGAGUAGAGAGGAAGUUUGGGGGUUCUGACAUCUCUGCACGCCGAGCAGUAAUGGGGACUCCAUAUGCAAGAUGGAUCUUCUACUGUGCUGUGACUGCUGUAUGUUUGAUGUUUGGAGAAGGAAGUGAGCCUGAGUUCCACCCACACGACUACAGCACCAACCUGUGGUGGAAACUGAUGAAUAGAACUGCUUAUGAAGGACAUGCUGUGACGUGUGUGCGCAGCUGCCGGUUUCCAUACACAACUCAGGUCUCCGACCAGGUAACAUUACAGACGACAAACAGAUGUGUCUCUAUGUUCUAAGCACCAGACCACGGCGCGUCCCGCCCCUAAGGGGAGACAGACCACGUGAGAAGGAUUAUUCAGCUGACCUCCGGAUGGGUGAGGCUGUGCAAGGACUGUUUCAAUUUUUGAAUUGUUCACUUGCAGAUGAUGUACUUCCUUUUUCGUCAUCUCAACAAACUGUAUGGAAAAUACCAGAUAUCAUUUCGUUAGCAGGAGCUAAACCAGGAUCUCUGGGGAACUGUGUUUAUAAUAAUGGAAAUGUUUUUCUAGGGACAUUGCCCUGGAACUUGUGUAACAGAGUUUACACCUACUGCGAACCGACACAGGAUUACAUCACCUGCGUAGCCUGCAGGGGUCAAAGGAUGGCUCCACACUGCAAAGGCUGGAAGGAAAACCCAGACUGUGACAACUUGCUUCAGGAGAGGAGUUUCAACAUCACGCAUAAGAUAAAGAGGAGACAGGAGACAACACUGUGCAGCGCCAUAGUGCCAGGAGAUUAUGGCUCAAGGAUGUUAACAGAUUGGUACUUUCUUUGCGGGAAUGAAGCGUACAUGUUCUUGCCGAAAAAUUGGGGAGGACUGUGUGCUGUGGUUCCUUUGAUCAACCCGAUUGCAUUCAUCAGGAAAGCACAGGAUGAUUCACACACCCGCUCCAAACGAACAGUUAUGUCAGAGGUCAAAAGAUGGGGAGGCCUCACAACACAUACUGGAGUUCCAUGGGAAUUCAGGAUUUGGAACGGCGGAGAAAAAUUUAUGCAAAGCCUGUUUCCAUGGGUUGGAAUAGGUGAGAUUCGGGACCACGUUGAGAUAAACAGGUACGGAAUACUGCGAUUAAUCAACAUCACAUACCAGCUGGCCAAUGGCACCAUGGAAAAACUGACUGAACUGAGAAACAUGGUUAUGCAAAAUCGUGUUGUCCUGGAUUUCCUCACGGCCCCUCAGGGAGGGGUCUGUAAAAUCAUUGGCCCAACGUGCUGUACUUUUGUACCUGAUGAAACAGGUACUGGAGGAACUAUUUCUGAUGCUCUAUAUGAGCUGGAAGAUCUAAAACAAUAUGUAGAAAGUGGAACACGCGGCUCAACUUCUUUUGAUUUGUUUUCAUGGCUUACAUCUGGACCAUGGUGGAAUUUGCCGUUAAAGCUCGUGACACCUAUUCUGGUUGUUUUAGUUCUGUUCUGCCUUUUUACGGGUUGCAUUAUUCCUUGUCUACGAAAAAUGAUGUUUAAAACAAUUAACACAACUGUUAUCAACUAUCAGUUGGCAAAGGCAUCAUAUGAGACAACUGAAGAUGACUUGUUUCAAGUUUCUGACGAUUUUCUGACCAAUGAUGAAGUCCUGUAAUAAAUAAACAGAAAAAUUCAUUUGCUGAAUGAUUCCUACACUAAAAAUGUUAAACAAGUGGUGUUAAGGAUGAGAAAACUGCUUUUGAUUUUUUGCUGUUUCUUUUAUUUUAUAUUCCAAUUAUUCAUUGUGUAUUUUCUGUGUUUAGCUUAGAAAAAAAAAUAAAAAAUUCUUGCAUUUAUUGGUUCUUUUCUUUUCUUUUCUAUGCUUAGCUUUUGCAUAAGGUUUAAGCGUAUAAUGAAAUGAUAAAAAGGGGGAAUAUUA